GACGUCAUCGGAGGCUGCGCCGGUAUAUAUUAUACGGUCGCGUGCGCACCAAUACGUUUGUUUCGUUGAUUUGUGACCAGUUCAUAGUGUUGGAAAAAGUUGCGAGAGAAAUAAUAAACAUGCUCAGUUUUGUCACCGCAAUUGCUUUGGUGGCGCUCGCGUCAGCGGCCCCAAAUCCCGAGAACAUCUUUAAACUCGACCUGAGCCCCGAGGAGGCCCAGAAAUACCUCAGCAGCCCACCGUUCACAGCGCCUCAGCUCUCUCCAAAGACCGCCGUCUUGCCUUUGGUUAAAUACAACGACCCCAGGUUCCGCACUGCCGAAGCCGGCCCUACCCUUGGUCAUUACUGGAAGAACGGAAAGGAGAUCGAAAACCCCGAUGAUUACGUAGAAGAGGUGUACGACGCAGCUCAGUUCCACGGACAAGACGGUCUUGGCGCUUACGUCUAUGGAUACGAGACUCCUGAGUCCGCCAAAAUUGAGAACAGAGUUAGGUCCGGAGACGUCACUGGAGCCUACGAGUACAAAUCUGGCAGGAACAAGCUUAUCAAGGUCCGUUACUGGGCUGACCACGAUGGUUUCCACCAAGAAGACAACAUUCCCAAAGUAGAACUGAAGCCCGUUGAAGAAGCCCCUGAUGUGAAGGCGGCUCGUCUUGCGCAUGAGAAGGCAUGGAAGGAAGCCGCCGAAGCCGCUGCUCAGCAACCAGACCCUCAAUUCGCCCUUAAGAACCUCCCUAAGGACUAUUACCAGCAGACCCUGAAGGCUCUCCCCGCCAACUACUACCAGCCCCAGGUCGCCGCCUCUGCUGAGGUCAGGCAGAAACGUGAGCUCGCCUACGACCCUUACUACUCCACCACCACCGAACCCGAACCUACUGGGCCCCCACGUGGUUUCUUCUACAGCUUCAGAUACCCAGUCUCCAUCCUUAAGCUCAAGACAGAGCAAUUAGAAGAAGACGUUUCUGAAUAAACUGCCACACCUAUCCGUUAACAACUAUACUAUUGUCAUAGGAUUUAACAGAACCUGACACUUGUUAGAAUUCUAGUAACAUCUAAUUCUUAUAGCAGUGGUAAGUCAUAGUUAUAUUUUUCACACAAACCUGUAAAUAGGCGAGCCAAGUAUUAAGUAAUGAGAAAUUUCAUUUACAUAUAACGAAUAAGUAGUAACCGAAAAUCGUCGAGUUGUUCAUUGUGUCAGUGUUUUCUAUUUAGUGAAUACUAAUAGACGAAGAGUAUGUCUAUGACUUCCUGUCAACUGCUGUUGGAAUUUCAACUUUCAAACUAUUAUCUAGUAUGAAACAUUUUUGCUUGAGUCGGUACUGUUUUCGAAUUGUGUUAACUUGUACAUAGCAAUGAAAGAAUAUUCUCAAGCAGAUACCAACUGUUAAGUUUUGUUAAAUAUGCAAUGGCGUUCUGAUUUGCAAUAUUAGUAAUGGAAACCAACACUAAUUUAUACUGGUGUGGUCGUCUUUCCCUCGUUGAUAUUCAAAUGAAGCAAUUAGUAUGGAGUGUUGACUAUUGAUAUCUACCGCAAUAUAUUUGUUACAUUAACACCUAUCACGAGGUUUCAAUCGUUGCCAUUUUAGUAGGAAAGUAAGUUAAGUUAACCAUUUGUAUACAUUCAAUAUGUGAUGACCAUUUUGACAGGGUUUUCUUUUUAUUAAAAAAGUUAAUUGUACCAUAAUUAUCACAUGUUAUUAGGACUACGUCAUGCACGUUCCGAUUGAUCUGUCAAAAUGUUCAUUUUACAUCGAAUAGAUUAUACUGAAGCACGGUCGGGGUUUGAAAGUGUAACUAUAAAUUGUAAUUAAAUUUCUCUAACAUGCCAUAUUCUAGUUGUUUAAAAAUAACUGUCAACCGUGGUUUGCGUUUGGUUAAACUCUUGAACCCGGUCUCGCUUGUUGUAACUGCUUUAUCGUGUUACCAAUAUAAAUAUUUUUUUUGUGUAGAUUUUACGUGACCUUCCAAUGCCGUUGUACUUAAUUUUAUUGUAAUAAAGCAUUUUGAUAUAAAA